UAGGGUACAUCGCCAAGACCAUCUGGCAACACUGGUAUUUUGUGAUCGGCUAAUUCUCGGAAAAGUCGAGAGUAUUUUGUAUAUUCUGUUUUUGUAUUUUAAAUAUUAGUGGUAAAUGUGUACCAAAUAAAGCGAUUUCAAGUCCCAGACAGUAUUAUUUCUAAAGAUGUCUCUUAAUACCGCUCAUGCAGAUCAUGGUGUACUCAUACACGCCGGAGAAUGUAUCAUAUUGUUCUCUGACAAUGUGACCUUGGAAUUUUACGGCAAUGACACCCCACAGUUCAAAGGUCCCAAAAAUGGACGUAUGUACCUUACAACGCACAGGAUGAUAUAUAACUCUAAAAAUAAUACUGAUACAGUGAGAUCUUUCAGUUUCCCAUUUGUUGCAUUGCAAGAUGUAACAGUUGAACAACCAAUGUUUAGUGCAAAUUAUAUCAAGGGAAAAAUACAUGCUCAACCAAAUGGAAAUUUUGUUGGUGAAGUGAAGUUUAAGAUCACAUUUAAAUCUGGUGGGGCAAUUGAAUUUGGAACGGCAAUGCUCAAAGCUGCACAUUUGGCAUCCCGUCACUCCACCCCGAAUGCUCCCCCGCCGCCCUACACUCCACCCAGUGGGCCAUGGUACGCAGCUGCGCCUCCCGCUUACGCCCCACCACCACAAGGUUACUAUGGCUGGGUCCCACCUUACUCUGCGUUUCCCGACCAACCAGCACCAAACUCUGUAUUUGUAUCAAACAGUCCCCCUCCAUACCCUGGCGUGAUGGGUGCUGCAUACCCGCCAGGUACCGGAUUCUCGGGCAGUGAUGCAACAGGUGGGUCCGGAUAUCCCAACGCACCACCAAGUUACCCGGGUAACGGAAAUCCGCCCGGAUAUCCGGGUAACAAUCCACCCGCGGCAGGUUUUGCUGGAGGUUUUGUACCUCCACCUGGAAUGUCUUCAAGUGAAGCUAAAGCCGCUGAAGCUGCGCAAAGCGCUUAUUAUGAUCCCAACAGACCGCAAACAGCCUAUGUUCCACCUUCAUACAAUGACCAACCCCCAACCUAUCAGGAAUCAACGUCGAAAAAAGAGAACUAAACCACUGUCCACACUUUCACAUGAAUCAGCCACGGCGCCAAAUAACAUUUGCACACAAACCAGAGAAAAAGCAUUAUCCAUAAAAUGUUAGCCUUAUAUAUAUAUCAUACAUUUACUCCAAACAAUUGCUUUAAAAAGGUGGUACCCCAUUUUUAAAUAUAACCCUUGUGUACUCUAUUAUUCUGAUGGACGGACUUGUAUCCAUGGUCAUGUAAAAAGUUAAUUAAAAAAUAACCCUUAUUCACAAGGAAUAAAUCAAUCUUGUUACACUUUUUACCCUUUAAACAUAAAUCAACAGGAGGUAGAUGUGGGAACAGUGUGUGACAUGAUUAAGUAUUUCUUAAUAAGGGAGAUAAAAAUGAAUUUUUGGCCAAAUUCGCUGAUUUUUUGAUAAUAAUGGAUAUAUUAUUAUUGAUUAAGCCACUAUUAAAAAGGGUUUGAACGCAUCCUUAUAAUCAGUCCUAUAUACUUGCUAUGUAAUUGGUCUUCGAAGGCUUAAAUGUUGUCAUUUAUUUUAACCUACUAAAUUAAAAGAAGGUAUUAUUGUUAAACUGCAUUGUUAUGAUAUUCAAAUGGUUUUACAUUCCCAAAAAUUUCUAUAAAUAUGGCUGUGUAAGAUCUCAAAGUAUUAUUUCUGAAGGCAUAGCUUCAAUUAUUGGCCAUAAUGCAUAUAAUCAAGUAAAAUAUAUUGCCUUAUAGAUGUACAAUGAUUAUAAAAGAUAUUUAAUUCAUAAAUUCUAUUGUAUAAGAUUAUAGAUGUUUUAAUAAAUGUAU